CCGCUCGCCGCUCGCCUCCCGAGCCCUGCGCGUCGCCUCCCGGCCGGAGGAGGAGGUGGAGGAGGAGGAGGCGGCGCCGCCUUCCCCGCGCCGCGCGCCCUCGCCGUUGUCUUCUCUCCGCUCUGGACCAGUUUGGGGAAGUUGCCGGGGCCCCGUGUCGCCCAGAUGUGCGACCUCAUUGAGCCCCAGCCGGCCGAGAAGAUCGGCAAGAUGAAGAAGUUGCGGAGAACUUUGUCGGAGAGUUUCAGCCGCAUUGCUUUGAAGAAAGAUGACACCACCUUUGAUGAGAUAUGUGUCACAAAGAUGUCCACACGGAACUGCCAGGGAAUGGACUCAGUGAUCAAACCCCUGGACACAAUUCCUGAGGAUAAAAAAGUCAGGGUUCAGAGGACACAGAGCACUUUUGACCCAUUUGAGAAGCCAGCUAAUCAAGUGAAGAGGGUGCAUUCCGAGAACAAUGCUUGCAUUAACUUUAAGACCUCCUCCACCGGCAAAGAGUCGCCAAAAGUCAGGCGGCACUCCAGCCCCAGCUCGCCAACAAGUCCCAAAUUUGGAAAAGCUGACUCAUAUGAAAAACUGGAAAAACUAGGGGAAGGAUCUUAUGCUACAGUAUACAAAGGGAAAAGCAAGGUAAAUGGGAAGUUGGUAGCCCUGAAGGUGAUCAGGCUGCAAGAAGAAGAAGGUACACCUUUUACAGCUAUAAGGGAAGCUUCUCUGUUAAAAGGACUAAAACAUGCUAACAUAGUGCUGCUUCAUGACAUCAUCCACACCAAGGAGACCCUGACACUUGUCUUUGAAUAUGUGCACACUGAUUUAUGUCAGUACAUGGACAAGCACCCUGGGGGGCUGCAUCCAGAUAAUGUGAAGUUGUUUUUAUUUCAGUUGCUGCGAGGGCUGUCUUACAUCCACCAGCGUUAUAUUUUGCACAGAGACCUGAAACCACAGAACCUUCUGAUCAGUGACACGGGGGAGUUAAAGCUGGCAGAUUUCGGUCUUGCAAGAGCAAAAUCUGUCCCUAGCCACACAUACUCCAAUGAAGUGGUUACCUUGUGGUAUAGACCUCCAGAUGUCCUCCUGGGCUCGACAGAAUAUUCCACCUGCCUUGACAUGUGGGGAGUCGGCUGCAUCUUUGUUGAAAUGAUCCAGGGAGUUGCUGCUUUUCCAGGAAUGAAAGACAUUCAGGAUCAACUUGAACGAAUAUUUCUGGUUCUGGGAACGCCAAAUGAAGACACGUGGCCUGGAGUGCAUUCUUUACCACAUUUUAAGCCAGAACGCUUUACCCUGUACAGCUCUAAAAACCUUAGACAAGCAUGGAAUAAGCUCAGCUAUGUGAAUCAUGCAGAGGAUCUGGCCUCCAAGCUCCUACAGUGUUCUCCAAAGAACAGACUAUCGGCACAGGCCGCCUUGAACCAUGAGUAUUUUAGUGACCUUCCCCCUCGGCUAUGGGAACUGACCGACAUGUCUUCUAUUUUUGCUGUCCCAAAUGUAAGACUGCAACCAGAAGCUGGAGAAGGCGUGCGGGCCUUUGGGAAAAACAACAGUUAUGGCAAAAGUCUAUCAAAUAGCAAACACUGAUGAGCACAGCGUUCUCAAGAGAGCACAGGUAA